CAGGGAAUCCAUUACAGGCUGUGCUAGUAUGAGAUUGGGAUGGUAAGCAGAAGCUUUAGCCCAGAAAGGCAGAAAGAAGAAGAAAGGGGUGGUGGAAUAACGCAGCAUAAAUGUAUAAUAUUCACUGAAAGAAGAAAAAGUGACUUAAGAAGAAAAGGCAAAGCUGAAAUAAAAAAAUCAUUCUGUCUCUUCCAAUUUCAAAGGAAGCAUGGGACAACACUUUACUAAUGAAGAUGGGGAACAAACUGAGAUUGAUGUGGCUGAACUGCAAGAAUGGUACAAAAAGUUUGUGGUGGAGUGUCCAAGUGGUACUCUCUUCAUGCAUGAAUUCAAACGCUUCUUCGGGGUUCAGAACAAUCACGAGGCUGAGCAGUAUGUGGAGAAUAUGUUCAGAGCUUUUGAUAAGAAUGGGGAUAACACCAUUGACUUCCUAGAAUAUGUGGCUGCCUUGAAUCUUGUUUUGCGAGGAAAAUUGGAACACAAACUAAGAUGGACCUUCAAAGUGUACGACAAAGAUGGGAAUGGUUGCAUAGACAAAACUGAACUUUUAGAAAUAGUUGAGGCUAUUUACAAACUAAAAAAAAUAUGCCAUCCUGAAGAAGUAGCAGAGGGUCCCCAUCUCACUCCAGUGGAAGUUGUUGACAGGAUAUUUCAGUUAGUGGAUCAGAAUGGAGAUGGGCAGUUAUCUCUGGAUGAAUUCAUUGAUGGAGCGCGGAAAGACAAGUGGGUGAUGAAGAUGUUACAUAUGGAUAUGAAUCCAGGUGGAUGGAUUGUUGCACAAAAGAAAAAUUCAGAGUUUGAAUAGUUGCCUACAUAACUUGGGAAGUGUAACAAGAAAAAGGUUCAGAGUGCUGCAUUUCCAGAUGUUAUCGUCAAGUGAGCACAUCAUUUCAUGUUAGAAUCAUCUGAGUAUCCAGAACAAUACUUCAGGCAAUUCUAACAAACCAAGCAUCCAUACAAACCAAGCAUCCACCCAUGCAUUCUGAAAGCAAUGUGGAGGGCUAACUUCUGAAGACCACUGCUGACUAGAUAGAAGAAGAAGAGUUGGAUUUAUAUCCCCCCUCUCUCUCCUAAAGGAGACUCAAAGGGGCUUGCAAACUCCUUACCCCUUCCCCCUCAUA